AUGUACAGUUACUGCUUUAAAGUCACUGAUGUUUGUUUGUUUGUAAUUCACGUUUGCUUCUGUCUUGUUCUGCAGGCCAUCAGCUCUUUGAACAAGUAUCCAUUGCCGCUUCAAAACGCCAAAGAGGCCAAAAUCCUGCAGAGCUUUGGAGACGGCAUCUGUAAAAUACUGGAUCAGAAACUGCAGCGAUAUCUCAGAGAGAACGGUCCAGAUGCUCCGAUCCACUCUCUCCCUGAAGGAGCGCCCCCUGCUGGCCGACAGGACAACAACAGCCUGGAUCCAUCCAGAAAGAAGAAUGCAGCCGGGGAUCAAGGGAAAAACAAAGGAGGAGGGAGGAAGAAGAGGGAGUACAUUCCCCAGAGACGGUCUGGAGGUUACGCUGUUCUGCUCACACUGUACAGAGUGUCUCAGAUCCCAGGCAGCAAAGGCUACAUGUUUAAGAUGGAGCUCCAAGCAGAAGCUCAGCAACUCUGCGAUAAGUCCUUCACUGUGGGGCUGUCCCUGGAACAUCGCCUCUACGGUCAGUUGCGGACCCCCGUUGGCCGUGAGCUCGUCCUGGAUUACAUCAUCGAGAGAAAGAGGAUGGACGACCUGUGCGGCAGCAUCAUCGACGGGCGCUUCAGGGAACAGAAGUUCCGUCUGAAGCGCUGUGGUCUGCGUAACCCCUGCUACCUGGUGGAGGAGUGUGGGAAGGCUGCCUCUCACCUGAGUUUACCUGAGACCACGCUGCAGCAGGCCAUCAUCAACACACAGGUUGUUGAUCGCUUCUUUGUGAAGAGAGUCCAGGAUGUGAGGGAGUCGAUGGCCUACCUCACUGUCAUGACUCGAUACCUGAAUAAACUCUACCAGAACUGUACGCUGACGUGUCGCUCCAGAGAGCUGGAGGGGGAGAGAGAGGAUGAGGAGGAAGAGGAGAGAGGGACCCCCCCCUGCUCUCUUAUCUCUUUUGCAGAGUUCAACCACGGUGCAAUCAAAAACAAGUGUCAGACGGUGAAAGAAGUGUUUGCCCGGCAGCUGAUGCAGGUGAGCGGACUGUCAGGAGACAAAGCAGCUGCUAUACUGGAGCUCUACAGCACCCCACUCAGUCUUCUGACAGCCUAUGAGCGAUGUGCAGGUGAAGCUGAUAAAGAGAAGCUCCUCUCCUCCAUCAGAUAUGGGAAGCUCAAAAGGAACCUGGGUCCAGCUCUGAGCAGAACAGUUUAUCAGCUGUACUGCACUCAGGGAGCACUGACGUAGCUUAAUAUAAAAACAUAUCAUGAACAUUAUUUCACUUAUCCCUACUUUACUUGAAUUAAACACAUUUUAGGAUGGAAACGUCCUUUGUUAUGUAAAUAUUAACAUGCUGCUAAGUUCUCAUUACCGUAACAUAUUGCUACUUGUAUGAAGAAUUUCACAAACGCCCCCUGAAACUUAAAUAAAGUUUAAGAUUUUGAAUAGUA